CUCAAAGCCCGUUUACGAGAUACAACUUGACAAUCGCCCUGCCGUCUCGCCGAUUCUACAACUCUCACUAUUGCGAUACCGUGCUUUUUACGCGUCGCACCACACUACGAAAGCCUGCGCACUAACAGACCAUAUUUUACAAGUCGCCAGAUCGACUGUAAUCCAGCGUCUACUGCGCAAGUCACACAAUGUCUGGCGAACACGAGAACGGAAGCCCCUCUGCUGGCGGCCAGGAUGCCGCGCCCGCCGUCGAACACCUGAAUAUCAAGGUCACGGACAACAACAAUGAGGUCUUCUUCAAGAUCAAGCGCUCCACCAAGCUCGACAAGCUCAUGACAGCCUUCUGCGAGAGACAAGGAAAGGCUAUGAACUCUGUUCGAUUCCUCUUCGAGGGUCAGCGUGUGCAGCCGACAGACACUCCAGACACUCUUGAGAUGGCGGAUGGAGAUACCCUUGAGGUGCAUCAGGAACAGGUUGGCGGUUCCUCCUAGUUCAUGGACGACAAGAGGAGCGAAUAUUGCACGGCGGGAGGAGUCGAGGGAGCGAUGAACUUCUUUCUUUCCUAAGAAGCCUCUGGCCAUCGCGAAUGGCGUACAUGGAUGGAUGGCAAUUGCCCAGGGAGGCCAAACGAAGACAGCCAAUGAUGAUUAUGAUGUUCACCAUAUGCUUUUGUUUCCUCGUACCCCCCUCCAUUGCAAAGGACAAAGUGCUUAACAAGACGCCACGACCCGCCCUUCCACAAGCCGAAAUCAAAUGUAAAAUGCAAGCAGACCAAUGACAAAAGCUCCGACGCUUCUCGAUCCUCAACUCCAGCGGCCAUGAUGCUCUACCAAUCUGUUUCGUUUCU